UUCAUUCGCGCCCGGGACAAACCGAUCGGAAGGGCCUUCUCGUCAACUGUUGUUAAAGGUCUAGGAAGGCGUUUCAAAGCUGAAAUAGCAAAAUGGAUUUGAAAGAAUAUUCUCAAAAUAUAUCGAACUUCAUCGCUGGGAGUUACAUCACCUCCUCGCUCACAAUAGGUAGAGAUCUUGGCCUUUUUGAUGAGUUGAAAAAACUUGACAAACCCGUGUCUUCACAGCAGUUAGCAGACGCCUGCAAUCUGAAGGAGAGGUAUGUCCAGGAGUGGCUGGGCUGUAUGGUCGCCACCAGGAUCGUAUCAAUAGAUACCUCCGACAAAUACUUCAUCCCUACGUCACUCAAACCGGGACUUCAGGGAAUUGAGUUUGCCUUCCUUUUUCCUGUCAUUGGUACUUUGACUGCUAAAGCAAAGAAAUGCUUCAGAAAGGAUGGACCUCGAGGUUACCCCCUUGGUGAUGAGCCAGACGAGGUCUUUGACGUCACUGACGACAGGAUGUCAGAUACAGACACUGUUGUGACCCAGCUCCUGGAGCCAGCCAAGAAACUCACAAAGUCGAUGGUCACCAUUCUUGAUCUAGGAUCCGGAGCAGGAUGUUUAACUAGAGCGUUACGCAGGCAUUUUCCAGACGCAGAAAUAUACGGUGUUGACUACAGCGAAGUUGCAACAACCAAAGCCAUUGCAGCCGCCAAAGCGGAAGGCAUCAAAAACGUGAAGUUUCUAAAAGAGGACGCGACAUCUUUACCCGCAGACUGGAAAGGCAAGUUUGACUGGGUGAUCUUGUAUGACCUUCUUCAUGAUCUGGCUGAUCAUGUUAGUGUCAUGAAGGAGGUUAAUCGCGUCUUGAAGGACGGAGGUGACGCAUCCAUCACGGACCCGGAAGUACACAGUAACCAUAGGGAUAACGUCGGUGAUAGUUACGUGGCAGGAGUGGGAUACGCCCUUAGUUCCGUAUCAUGUCUCCCACGCAGUAUGGCGAUAGAAGGUGGAGCUGGAUACGGCGUAGGUUGGGGAACCGAAAACAAAGAAAAGUUUUUAACCAGUUCUGGCUGGCAAGUUAAGGACAAACGCCAUAUCGGAAGUCCUUUGGCUUGCAACUUCACAUGUAUCAAGGCAUAAGAGACAAGAACAAACAGAACGAUUUACUCUGUCUGAUAUAUUCCGCUUUAUCAAUCUGCAAGAUGAAUCGCCAUCAUGUUAGGACUAUAUGCUUUUGUUCCAAGUAACACGCGUGCUUUCUUUUAAUAAAGAUUUAACUGUU